CAUUUCUCAGCUGAUCAUGAUCAUUCAGGCGCAUUUGUAACAUGACCGAUGAUGAAAUUUUGGAGUUAAAAGUUGUAAAUUAUUGAAAAUGGCACUUAGAAAAAAUGUUCUGAAACAAUUAAAUGUAUUUAAACGCAGUUUAAAUGCUUAUCAAGUGAGAAACAAGUCAAUUACUGGCUAUCAAAGAGCGGAUGAUGCCCUUCAAACCGUGACCGGCGGACGAAUAAAUCGGUGGCUAGACGCUUAUGAAGAUUUCGUUGGGCUCUCAGAAGUUCGACAGGCACAAGAGCAGGUUACUACGGCAGAGACCAAUUACAGAUGCGUUCAAGAGGAGAGACGAGCCACCCAGCAUUCUUUAACCACUGUCCAAAACAAAAUUAAGGGUGUGGCUUCAGAAAUAGAAAAAACUCAAAGAGGUACUGAUACCUAUUUAGAACUUGUUACUAAAGAGAAUGAAAUCAUAAAGGAAGAAAAGGAGGUUCUUGAGCAGCUAACUGCAGCCGAAGAAAAUGAAAAGCGGGUGUUUGCUCUUCUUUCCUCUGCUGUACGAGAAAGUCAUGAAAAAGAAAGGGCAAGGGCAGAGAGAAUGAAAUAUAUGGGGAUAAUUGGUUCAAUUAUAGGUGCAGUUAUAGGAAUAUUUGGAACUACUUUAAAUAACUAUCUUAGAAUGAAAGAAUUAAGAGGUAUUGUAACAGAUGCCACAGAUAUGAAUCAGGUAUACAGAGAGAAGACUGUUGAUCUGGGGAUGACAAUAAACGAACAAUAUGGUAAAAUUUUCCAGCUUUUAAUGGACUUACGAUCAGAAAAAGGAAUUGUAACAGAUACUUCAAAGAAAGGCAAUGUAAAAGGUAAAGCAGUGGCACCAGUGAUAGAAAAAGAUGCUAAGCUUGAAGAGAUUCUGGCAGCUGUUAAGCAGCAUAGUGAAUUGUUUGAUAAAGAAAUGAAGAAUAUCUCACAUGCUUUAGCCAACAGGACAUUUAAACAUUCUGAAAACAGUGAACCUAAUGUAGUCUAUGUAGCACCAGACAUUGAAGCUAUGCUGAAAGACACAGAACAAAAUAUUGAGUGGAAAAUGAAAAUGCAGGCAUUAGGGACGGUGACUUUAAUAUAUGCUGCAGCGGCUAUAUCUGUCCCAAUACUAUAUAAGUUAUUUGGUGGCAGUUGAUAAUUGUAUAAAUGUAGACCUAAAUUACAAUGAUUGACGCUAAAGGCAUUCUCACAGCUUUAACAAUUGCUCAUUGGUAUGUGAUACCUUAUUAUGAGGAUAAUGGAUAUUUAAACAGAUACAAUGAAUGAAUUUUUUCAAAAUUUUUAGGUGUAUGUACAAACAAAUAUUUGCAAGUUUCUGUUUUUG